AUGAGUGAAGACAAGCAAAACAUACAAUCCGCAAUAGCUGUUGAUGGUGUCAACAAGUUUAUUUCGUUCUUUAACCAGCGCCAGAUUGAAGAAGCAGUUUGGGUGUUUGCUGAACUCGGUAUUGCUGAUUUACUAGUUAUGUCAGAAGCAAAAAAUGCGGAAGAAAUCUGUGCUCAAAAAGGCUGGUUAGAUGCUGUUAGACUUCGUCGAUUAUUAUACGUAGCAGUUGUAGCGGGGCUGCUUGACAUUGAGGCUGGUAACCGAUUUAAACUUACAUCCACGGGAGAACUUCUUACUAGCAACCAUCCUUCGAAAUCUCGAAAUUACGUUUUGACUUGUAAGUAG